CCCUCAAGAAGCGGGAAACACGAAGCGUCCGAGCGGCGACAUUUUAUCACCGUCCGCCGGGAGGCCGGGCCCACCUGUAACCGCGGCGGGCUUAGAUCAUGUCCAGGCAGCCAGGUACCUCUCCUGGAGGCCAGACUGACAGGCGAUUGAAAUGCGGAGGUCUGCAGCUCCGAGUCAGCUCAGCGGCAACGCAGCUAAAAGGUUCAAGUUUAUCCCCCCCGGGGUCAGGGGGCCUGCUUCAGCAACCGCCAGUCUCCCCGCAAGGAGUCAGGUACCUCAUGAAAAUGACAAUAAUGAGAGUUCUUCAUUGCAAUCCAAAGCAUUGAUUGAAAAAUAUGAACUGGUUCAGAGCUGUCCUCCUCACCAAAUUACAGGAAAUAAGAAUGAAAAUGAUCAUCUAAAGAGAUCUGAAUCUGACCAUCUGAAUGCCGUACCUACUUUGUCAGUGGAAUCAGCAAGUACAAGUCAAGCUGGUUUUGUUCCACAGCAACAGCUGAAGCCAUCCCGACUCUUUGCAGUACCAAAACAAAUUCGCACAUCACUGCCACUUGUGUCACAUCAGACAAAUCAAGAAAAUCACGAUGAAAAUAACGUGUCCAGUUCAUUCACUACAUACUAUAGUGUCUUGUGGUGUAAAGCAUCAAAGAAAAAACACAAGAAAUGGGAGGGGGAUGCAGUCUUGAUUGUCAGAAAGACGUCUGCAGUUCUCAAGGACAUGGAGGGCAAAGACAUCGGAAAAGGUACUGGAUACAAAGCAAAAGAACUUGAAGCUCUUUCUGAAGGCCAGACCUUAAUGCUUGGUGGGAAAGAGAUUGAGAUAAUGGGACCAAUCUCUGUGGAUGACUUUAUGAGUGGCCGCUGUUUUCACUCCACAGUUGCCGGUUCAUCACAUGUACCAAUGCCAACUUUUUCACAACAACCUUCGCUAAAACCUUUUACAAACCCAUUGAAGAACAGUGCUGGGUCCAGUCAAACAGAAAUUGUUCAAAAAACCAGAAUUGAUUGUAAACCUAGGCAUGAUCCAAAUGCGCCAAAUGCGUUAGUAAUGCCACGACCAAACCUUAGUCACCAGUGGCUGUUUAAUAAAGCUGGUCUCCCAUUAGUGGAUGUAGUGGUGGAUCCUUACCUUGCUGUGCACCUACGACCUCACCAAUGGGAUGGUGUGAUCUUUUUAUAUGAGUGCAUAAUGGGAAUGAGAACAGCUGGCAGGUUUGGUGCUAUCUUGGCUGAUGAAAUGGGUCUAGGGAAAACUCUGCAGUGCAUUACAUUAAUUUGGACUCUGAUGCGGCAAGGACCUUAUGGAAACAAACCUGUAAUCAAAAAGACCCUUGUCAUCACACCAGGGAGUCUCGUAAAAAACUGGGUCAGUGAAUUCCAGAAAUGGCUUGGAAUGGAAAGGCUGAGGGUUUUUGCAGUUGAUCAGGACCACAAAGUGGAAGACUUCAUCAAUUCUCCGCUGUACCCUGUCCUCAUAAUCAGCUAUGAGAUGUUACUGCGGUGCUUAGAACAAAUUCAAGGCUUUGAAUUUAACCUGAUAAUUUGUGAUGAAGGUCACCGUUUAAAAAAUAGUUCAAUUAAGACAUCCACAGCAAUUCUUAGCCUCUCUUGUGACAGAAGAGUGAUUCUCACUGGUACUCCGGUACAAAAUGAUCUUCAAGAGUUUUACUCUCUAAUAGAGUUUGUGAAUCCAGGAAUCAUUGGAUCCUCUUCCACCUACAGAAAGAUUUAUGAAGAGCCUAUCAUCAAAUCUCAACAGCCAUCUGCAACAAAAGAUGAAAAGCAAUUGGGUGAAGAGAGAGCAACUGAGCUCUGCCGAUUAACUGGGUUCUUUAUACUUCGACGGACACAGGACAUCAUUAACAAUUACCUCCCUCCGAAGACUGAAUGGAUUGUCUUCUGCCGUCCAGCUGUAUUGCAGCUUGAACUUUAUCACAAACUGCUGGCAUCCCAUGCAGUGAAAUCUUGCCUACAGGGUAGUUUGGAGAACAGCUCCCACUUAAUAUGCAUAGGGUUACUGAAAAAACUCUGCAAUCAUCCUACACUCUUCUUUAAAUCGAUUAAGGGAAAGGAAAAUCUCUGCAAGACAACUGAUUUUGACCAUCAGUUGGAAAGCAGCCCUUAUGAUGAUCUGACUGGGAUAUUUCCAAUAAAUUAUGAACCAGCUGCAUUCACUGCAAAGGAUUCAGGGAAACUACAAGUAUUGAUAGAUCUUUUGGCAAGCAUUCAUGAACAGAAUUCGGCUGAAAGAGUUGUGCUGGUUUCAAAUUAUACUCAGACAUUAGAUGUACUGCAAGAAAUGUGCAAGUGUUUUGGGUAUAGCUAUACCCGACUGGAUGGACAAACCGCAGUCAGCCACCGACAAAACAUUGUGGAUUCAUUUAAUAACAAACACAGCCAGACUUUCAUCUUCCUGCUCAGCUCAAAGGCUGGCGGAGUUGGAUUAAAUCUAAUUGGAGCAUCUCGGUUGGUUCUAUAUGAUAUCGAUUGGAAUCCUGCAAAUGAUGUUCAGGCUAUGGCUAGAGUAUGGAGAGAUGGUCAAAAGAGACCUGUACAUAUUUACAGACUACUAACAACAGGGACCAUAGAAGAGAAAAUUUAUCAGCGGCAGGUCAGUAAACAAAGUUUGUCUGGAACAGUGGUUGACCUAAAAAAGAAGAGUGAGCAUGCCAGCUUUUCUUUAGAAGAACUUCGAAAUCUUUUCCAAUUAGAAGAGGAUACUAAUUGUCUUACCCAUGACCUCCUGUACUGCAACUGCUUGAGAAAUGGACAGCCAAUAGAUAAUCUCUCUACUAAAAACGCUGCAACUCCUAGAGCCUGUCAACUUGGCCAUACUUCAAAGAGGUCUGAUGCCCAAAAACACCUCUCUAUGUCAGAUCUGAUGUUCUGGAAACAUUUUUCUGGAGGAACUCAACACUUCCCUGAUCCUGUUCUUGAAAAAGUUAAAGAAAAUAUCACCUUCAUCUUUCAAAACACAACAAAACCAUCGGCCAUAUCCAGCUGAGGAAAGGAUGAAAAUAUGUACACAUGCAAUUAAAUUUGUAAUUGGAUUUACCCUUUUUUAGGAACUUGGUUAUAAGUUCUGGAUAAAUAUUUUGGCACUGUACUCACCCUGUCUGAGUUCGUGGGGUUUACUUUGUAUUUGUUUUUUUGCAGUUUAUGAACUUGAUAUCACUGAUUAAACAAGUACAGAGUCAGCAAUCCAUCAGUUUGACUAGAAUAAACUCCCUUCAGCCCAUCCCAACACCAUCCCUUAAUUCCAACUAUUUCUCAGACCAACCACUCUGAUGCUGAUUUAGUGUGAUAAUAUUGACAUUGUCAGUUCGUGCCCCAUUAUUUUUGCAUAGCAAAUUGACAUAUCAUCUGGGGGCCUUAUAAUUGGAUACUUGCCCUGCCAAUCUUCUCAGGAGACUCUAGUAAUGAGAGUGAGUGGAAAUACAGACACUAAUUCAGUUUGCUGGAAGUCAUAGAGACUGUUAAAACAGACAUUGUGAGUAAAUUUUGUUUACUUUGCAGUUUGCUAUAAAAUAUUCUGUAUGGUUGUAAGCUCUGAUGAUCAUAAGUAUAAUUCUGUUUCUAGCUCGCUGUUGACAGACACUCCACACAUACUUUCCAGUAGGGGUCAAAUGGCUAGAAAUAAACUGUACUUGUAUAACAAAUUUCGCAUCUCCAGGACAUCUCAAAGCUUUACAGCUGAUAAUUUAAUUUUAAAAAACCUUUGUCCUGUAGGUAGCAAAUUUGAUAGAGACCAAAUCGGAUUCCACCCUAGCCCUGAAGCAGUUAGGAGAAUUUCACUCAACUAGCUCAUCACUGGUCAGGGAUCAAACCUUCCUGGUUAUACUUCAUAAAAAAUAAGGUCUGAAUUUACUUGUUCAACUAAUGGGGGAGCUAGCAUGCCAAUAUGCGGGAAGUUUAUCAUGUAAAGAAGUGGAUUUAUGUUUUAUUUGGAAAGGGAAAAUAAAAGAUUCUUACAUUCAGACAAAA